UCACGUACCGCCGGUAGUCAACCUGGCGGCGAUGGAGCUGGGCAACCGCCACGUCACGCACCAAUCCCGGUCGCCGCCCUCGCUCCAUCAGUGGAAAGAUUAGGUUUCUUCUACUUUCCCGUUCCACAGAUUUAUGACAGCGUCGGGGGGCUUUGCAUGAUCUCGUCCUGUUCUCGCUUCAUCGUCACCCGAUCCUUCUCCUCCAAGAUGGCUCGAUCAGCAUUAGAUGAGAUGACAGAAUCUGGUGCAUUCAAUCGCACACCAUCAACUUUCCGCAAUUUUAUUUCAAAAGACAAGACUUCUCAAUUUCCUGCAGAAUCUGGAAGGUAUCACUUGUAUAUAUCAUAUGCAUGUCCUUGGGCAUCAAGAUGUCUUUCAUUUGUGAAGCUCAAAGGACUUGACAAGGCCAUCAGUUACACGGCUGUCAAACCAAUAUGGGAAAGGACAAAGGAGAGCGAUGAACAUUUUGGAUGGGUUUUCCCUUCUAGUACAGAAGAACCUGGAGCUGAACCUGAUCCCUUGAAUGGAGCCAAAAGUAUUAGGGAAUUAUAUGAGCUGGCUAGCUCAAACUAUAUGGGGAAAUAUACGGUGCCUGUUCUGUGGGAUAAAAAACUUAAAACAAUUGUGAGCAAUGAGAGUGCAGAAAUAAUCCGUAUGUUCAACACCGAGUUUAACGAUAUAGCUGAGAAUGCAGACCUGGAUUUAUAUCCAUCUCAUAUGCAAGCUUUGAUAGAUGAGGUCAACGAAUGGAUAUAUGACACGAUAAAUAAUGGGGUAUACAAAUGUGGCUUUGCCAAGAAACAAGGUCCUUAUGACGAGGCCGUUGAAAAAUUAUUUGAUGCUUUGGACAAAUGUGAAGAGACUCUCAGCAAGCAACGAUAUAUUUGUGGGAAUACGCUAACUGAAGCUGACGUUCGCUUGUUUGUCACUCUCAUCAGGUUCGAUGAGGUCUAUACUGUUCAUUUCAAGUGCAACAAAAAACAAUUGCGUGAAUAUCCAAAUUUGUUCAAUUACACCAAAGACAUAUACCAAAUUCCAGGCAUGAGCAGCACGGUGAAUAUGGCACACAUAAAGAAGCACUACUACGGAAGCCAUCCUUCUAUCAAUCCGUUUGGGAUAAUUCCAGUUGGUCCCGGUGUAGAUUAUUCUUCUCCGCACGACAGAGAAAGAUUUGGGUCUUAGGUUUCCGCCUAAGUUGGUUCCUCGUUCUUCUGAAGAAAUUACCUACCUAUAUGGUUGCUCAUGAUGAUCAAACUUUCUGUUGUACUAUUCGGACAUCUGCGUUUCUAUAGAAUCGUAUAUCAGACUGGUUCAUUGAACUAAUGAUGUAAUCAAAUGCAAGUGGAUUUGGCAAUCUUAAAAGUGUAUUAAUUUAUUUUCGUGUU